AUGGAUACACUAAUCGGUUUAAAGGGAAAAGAUUUUAUAGUACUAGCAGCAGAUACGUAUAGUAUUAACUCAAUUAUAAAAUUAAAAAAUGAUGAUAAAACAAAAUUUUAUGAUAUUAAUGGAAACAAAUGUUUACUAUUAGGAGGUUCCAUUGGUGAUCGUAUUCAAUUUGGGGAAUUUAUUAGAAAGAACAUUCACCUAUAUCAGUAUCAGAAUUCAACUGAUUUAUAUGUUAAAUCUUUUGCUUAUUUUACAAGAAAAAAUUUAGCUUACUAUUUGAGGAGAAACCCAUACGAAGUGAAUUGCUUAAUAGCUGGCUUUGACAAUAAAGAUGGUUAUCAGUUAUACUGGUGUGACUACUUAAGUAACAUGGAUUCCGUAAACAAAGGGGCACAUGGAUAUGGUGCCUAUCUGGUAAAUGCAAUUUUAGAUAAAUAUUAUCAUGAAAAUAUGAAUUUAGAAGAAGCAUUACUUAUUUUUAAAAAAUGUUUUGAAGAACUGAAAAAAAGAUUUCUUUUAACACAAAUUAAUUACGAAUUGAGAAUUAUGUCUGGUAACAAAAUAGAGGCACAACACGUAACCAUUUAA